UGGCCGACGUCAUUUUCAUGGAAAACACAUAAACAAAUCGACGUCUUGCAACAUCUGCUUUGUUGUGCUUCUCCCUGUCAGGCUUGUUGUUUACUUCUGGGGAAACCUCGACGUCUCGUCCAGGCUUCAUGUUCUCGGUGCUGUUUAAAAUCCCGUCGAAGCUGUAAUCCUGCGAUAACAGCGCGGUAGCUCGGUGGCCAUGGCUCAGCAGAGAGGAGUCAACAGUCUCCAGUUCAACCAGGACCAGAGUUGUUUCUGUUGUGCUAUGGAGACUGGCGUCAGGAUUUACAAUGUGGAGCCCCUGAUGGAGAAGGGACACCUAGACCACGAGCAGGUGGGCAGCGUGGCCCUGUGCUCCAUGCUGCAUCGCUCCAACCUGCUGGCUGUAGUCGGAGGGGGAGUCAAUCCCAAGUUCUCAGAAAUAUCUGUGCUGAUUUGGGAUGAUGCUCGGGAGGCACGGGACCCCAAGGACAAGCUGGUGCUGGAGUUCACCUUUACCAAGCCUGUUUUAGCUGUUCGCAUGAGGCAUGACAAGAUCAUCAUCGUUUUGAAAAACAGGAUCUAUGUGUACAGUUUCCCCGACAAUCCUGUCAAACUUUUUGAGUUUGACACCAGAGACAACCCCAAAGGACUGUGUGAUUUGUGCCCUAGUCUUGAGAAACAGCUGCUGGUCUUUCCAGGUCAUAAAUGUGGCAGCCUGCAGCUGGUUGACCUGUCCAACACCAAACCUGGCACUUCCUCUGCCCCUUUCACCAUCAACGCCCAUCAGAGUGAGAUAGCCUGUGUGGCGCUCAACCAGCCUGGCAGCGUGGCAGCCUCAGCCUCGCGCAAAGGAACGCUCAUCCGCCUGUUUGACACCACAACCAGAGACAAGCUUGUGGAGCUGCGCAGAGGAACUGACCCGGCCACUCUGUACUGCAUCAACUUCAGCCACGACUCCUCAUUCCUGUGUGCCUCCAGUGAUAAAGGCACCGUACACAUCUUCGCUCUGAAGGACACCAAACUCAACCGACGCUCAGCAUUAGCUCGUGUCGGGAAGGUGGGUCCUGUCAUCGGUCAGUACGUGGACAGCCAGUGGUCAUUGGCCAGCUUCACAGUGCCAGCUGAAUGUGCCUGUAUUUGUGCAUUUGGAAAGAACACAUCCAAGAAUGUCAACUCUGUCAUUGCCAUCUGUGUGGAUGGGACCUUCCAUAAGUAUGUGUUCACCCCUGAUGGAAACUGCAACCGCGAAGCCUUUGACGUUUACCUGGAUAUAUGUGAUGAUGAUGACUUUUGAAAGUUGGGCAAGAAGGAAGACACUGGCAAAGUUUGUCCAAAAAUAUAGCAAGGGCUAAAGAGUAAGAAUGAAGACACGUGGACAAGGACAGUGACAGUAAAUGAAAAUGACUGAGUUAAUGAUUAUUGCUCCAGUCUGGAGACUGAGAGGGAAGAUGGCUCUUCAAGGAGAAUCAGAAGAGAAUAUAGAAACAGAUUUUUGCUGGGGCCUCUUUUGUAAAGUGUUGUGUUAUUAUGUAAUCAACUGUAUCUAUGUAGCAAUGUGGAUAUAAAAAAAUCUAUUAGCCUACAAUAUGUGUCAUCUUGAUUCUGAGGAGUGGACUGGUUUAAAAAA